CUCAGUUCAUUCUAGUUUCGGAAAGGACUUAACGGCUACGUGAAGAGUGUACCCUGUGCUGUGUCUUUGCUACUGCUCUUCGCUGGCAACGAAGUGGAAACGGACUGAUGAGACACCACCGUGGCCUACUUCAGACAAUCAUGCUUUAGUCUUGGCUACGGGCUUCAACGUUCAACGUGUAUCCACAAUGAAAAACUGAGAAGGGUCGAGUUCGAGGAACUAUGUUAACUACAUGGUGACGGGUACCAAUGACGUCAGCGCUACAACACUGUAUUAAGGUUUUUCUCCAGGACACGUCAGAGACAAUUGGACAUCCGAAGGUUGACGCAGUCCCCUCCCAUGUCAAUUGGCGGCAGGGCUGCUGAGAUCCCGCCCCGUCACCAUGUCUGUGUACCAUGAACGACAAAAGUGGGAGCUGUGCGCCUUACACGCUCUCAAUAAUGUGUUCCAAGACAGCCAGGCCUUCAGCAAACAAGUCCUGGAUGAGUUGUGUCAGAAUCUCUCCCCCGGUACGGUCUUGAAUCCGCACAAGAGCAUGCUGGGAUUGGGUAACUAUGACGUCAACGUCAUCAUGGCCGCCUUGCAGCACAAGGACUGCGAGGCUGUGUGGUGGGAUAAACGAAGAGGUUUGGAAGAACUGCGACUGGAAGCUCCGAUUGGAUUCAUUGUCAACAUUCCCUCGCCCAUGCAGCUGGGCUUCGUCAGCGUUCCCAUCCGCCGUAAGCACUGGAUUGCCGUCCGUCAGAUUGACGGCACCUACUACAACUUGGACUCCAAAUUGAGCAAGCCCGCCAAGAUUGGCGACUCCUCCAAGCUGAGGAGUUUCCUGGAGGCAGAGCUGAGGCGGAAAGGCUGCGAACUCUUGCUCGUGGUGACCAAGGAGGUCGCGGAGGGCAAAACGUGGCUGCGGGGCGAAGCGAGUUAGUGACCAAACCAAUUUGAAGAGUCGUUUGCGGCAUUCCCCCCCCCAAAAAGGAAAAGUACAGGGAGUCCAGGCUUAACUAAACAUCUGACCCUUCCCCUCUGUUUCCACUGAUGCAGGCUAUUAGUACAUGUUGAUCAUUUUUCAGUAAGUUGUAGAGAAUGUUUUGACUCGUGCUUUCUUAAAUGCUAUGAGAAAUGUCAAAAUGGACAACAGCAAAAAAAUCAGACCAAACAAUUCCAAUUUUGUCAGGCUCAAAGGGAGUCAAGUUUGCUCAUGUUUUUCAAGAUCCCAGAAACAGUUAUUGGGUUGAGAAGCAAAGUGAAUCGUCAGAAUGACAAACUAGCUGGAUGAAAGGUGGUCUGCUGAAAUUUUUUUUUGUGUGUGUGAAAGUUUGAUUUGUGAUUGUGGACACUCCAGUGCAGAGGUCAUUCAAGUAUCAAAGGUUAAAGGUCAGUGAACUGUGAAGUGACCCUUGCUUCUUUAGACCAAAUAACACCUGCAUGCAAGACAAUCACAAAAAUAUUUUGUGGGGCCCUUCAUGAUGAUUUCAAGUCAGCAAGUCUGAGGAGAAAUUUGAAUGGUUGAUAGCCGUGGAAAUGGUCUGGUAUCCUGUUGCAUUACUUUGCAGUAACUGUUGGUAUUCUUUUCUUUUUAUAGGAAGCAUUCGUUAUCAUAGAAAAGAAACCCAUCUUGCCCAGUGAAAACAAAACUGGAUGCCAGUUAACUUUGAGACAGUCAAACCUGCCAACCACUCCAAUUUAAUUGGGACUGUCCUGAUUUGUAAGUUUUCCGACUGCAAGAAAUUGUAAUAUUCCAAAUUUCUUGAAAAAGAAAAAAAAACAAAUUGAAAACUCCCGGCAAAUGCAGGUGUUAUUGCAGAAAACAAGAGUGCGUUACUUGCUAUUUCAAAAUGGCAGUUGUAAUACAUACAUAUGCGUGUUCAUGCACAAGUAGCUCCUCUUGCGCAGCCACUUGUUUUGCUGUUGGCUCUUUUCAAUGUUGGCAGGUAUGGAUAGAAAGCUGAAAGCUUGCUAGUAAGCUUGCAAGGUUUACAAGGUGUUAGGGGGAUAACCUUGCCCCUGCCCAAGGCAUGACCCCCCAUCCACCCAGUCCAGCUUCAAAUUCUAGCGUUGAAGAGUCGUACUGUACUUGUAUAUACAGGAUGUUUCAAAAAAGUAAACAUUUUAGAAGAUUGCCUACAAAAUAAAAGUUCUAUUAGUUUCCAGAAAUCUUUUAUCAUGUAUCGAUAGACCAAGGUUUCUUGUUUUGUUUGCCAUCAUAUCAAUUAUCAGCCAUUCUGCAUGAGCGAGCACGGGCAAUUUACUUUUUUCAACUUUAAAUUGGCUUACGCACAGAGGUGAAAGGGUUAAAACAGAAUUACAGACUGUGGUUGAAAAGUUUGAGUCCAAUACCUGAUUGAAGAUUUCUGGAAACUAAUAAAACUUUUGUUUUGUAGACAAUUUAUAAAUGUAUGCUUGUUUGAAACAUCCUGUAUUGCUGGUUUUCCAUGUCAGCAUCAGAAAUGCAAUGAAUCUGUUUUGUGUGGAUCAGUUUUGUGUCAGUUAUAAAUACAGAUGUACACUUCUUGAGUCCUCCAGUAUACCCGUAGUAUUAGCAAUCUGUUUUUCUGCUGAAAUUGUUAUGGCCAAGUUCUUUUGAUUUUGUUGCCCAUUUACUAAGUAAGCUCAUGUUGUUUAGCUGAAAUUUUGUGGUUGAUUGUACGCUUGUAAAGAUUUAGUCAUAUCCUACACCUAGAUUGUUAUAUCGGUCAUUGAAAAUUUCUAGAUUGGGCUGUCAAAUUUCUUGUGAAUGAGUGUUUUCAAAUUUGGAGCUCAAUCAACAUAUAUCAAUAUAUCCAUAUUUUGGGUUGCAAGGAACAGCCUCAUUUUUCUGCAAUUGUAUUUUAUAUUCACAAGAUGGACAGUUUACGAAGAUUAAAGUAAACUGAUAUGCAAGACCAAAACUUUUUUUUUGCGGUGAAUUGAAAUUUUUUCUGGUCAUGCAGGCAAGUUGAAAUCAGGUGUAGCAAAUGCAUUUAUUUUAACACAGUUUGAUACCAAAGUGAUGUGUGAAGGAAUUGAAUUACUUCAAAUUGUAAUACCCAGUGCGUUUCCUUUGUUUUAGUCUAUUACUAGGCAUUGUUUUGGGUGAAUCCGUAAAUUUAUUUGCUGGAUUUGAGGAGCAAAUCAUAAGUGUACUUUUAUUCUGAAUGAAAUUGAUGGAAAUACUAAUUUCUAUUUACUGUGAGAGUCAAACUGUUAAAGUUUGUAGCAUGAUACUGAUCUUAUUUUUUUUUUCCCCUUCAAACAAUGGUAUUAUAUUUUGCUCCGGCCCAUCUGAAGAAGAGACCACAAUUGAUAAUUCAUAUCAUGAAUGAGGUCGGAUAAAUGUAACAAAGCAGUUAUACUGGUGUCGUCCACUCUAUUUGCUUACAUUUGGAUAAGUUGAUCGUACGAAUCUGCAUUUUCUGAUAUUGUUAAACUCAAAACUUAGUCAUUUGCAAUCAAUGACAUAUUUAUUUGCAUAUGUAAAGGAAGAACUUGUAAAUUGAUGUACCAGCACCUGUAAUUGCUCUUUAAUAUAUUUUGUCAGAAAUUAUGAGUAUAAUUACAGGUAUUGAUUAAUCACUUUAAUAUGUAAAUGAACAUUUGUAAUUAUGUAGAUUGAUGGAGUUAUGAUAUAUUUAUGAAUACAAAAUUGUACAAUU